AUGCAACAUGGUACCUCGCAGCUGCGUGCUGGCUGGCAGAAGAUGCCUUCUCAGCUCUGCGUGCCGCGCAGGAGGUGCUUGCGCACUUUCACCUUGUUCGCUUUGGGCAGCGUUGGCACUGUGCUGCACAUGUUCCGAGCGAGGACCAGCGUCCCGGCUGUGCAACCAGUGCACUCGACACUGCGCCGAACAGCCAUGUUACAUGUAGCUGGUCUGGCAGCAGGACCCUUCCUUCCUGCCUCAGCUCUCGUCGGUUCUACGCUAUCACCAGAGAUUGAGGAGGCACCGCCCACUUUCCUUCUGGCUAAUUGUUGGGUGAUGCUUGCCGGUGUGUUUUUUUGCAGUAGGCUUGCCGCUAUGUGCUUCGUUCACGCUAUUGUGGUGAGUUUCUGGUCGCUCUCACGGCUCAGCCAUCCGAAUUAA